GAAGAGGUGGAACUCAUCCGCGAAGACAUUGAAUCCAUUCGUACGGAUGUGGAGGAAGUGAAUGCCAUCCACGAGAAGAUACUAAACGCACCGCAAACUCAUGAGAGUGUGAGACAAAGCUUGGAUUGCUUGGUGGCAGACAUCAAACGCGCCGCCAAUGGCGUCCGACAUAAAUUGAAAGCUAUGGAGCAAAAAAUACGUGAUUUGGAGGACAGGGAGUCGGACCCGGGUAUGAGCGCCGACAUCCGGAUCCGCAAAACACAGCACUCGAUGUUAUUACAUAUGUUUAUCGAGUGUAUGACUCAAUACAAUGCCAUUCAAUCGGAUUAUAGCCGCAGAUAUCGGGAGCUGUUUAAGCGUUGGGCUGAGAUAACGGGCCAAUACAUGUCCGACGAGGAAGUGGAUAAACUGAUAGAUAGGGGUUGCCUACAGGUCCUCAUCCAGGGUAUAGUGACUGACACUCAGCAAGCGAUGGAUGACUUGCGGGACAUUGAGGCCCGACAUCGAGAUAUCGUUAAACUCGAGAAAAGUAUCCGAGAAGUGCACGACUUGUUUACGGAUCUGUCACUACUUGUCGACCAUCAG